AUGCCCACGAGCGAGCACAUCUCAGUGGCCGGCAGCGGCAGCACCUCCGCGUUCGGUCAUGCCUCCACCGCCGCCCCCUCUUCGAACGCCACGGACGCGCUCCCCACCACGUCGCGGCACCAUCACCACCACGAAUCCAGAGCCAACUGGCUGCAAUUAUACUUGGGCGCGCCUGGCACUCUGCUCGGCGCAAGCUUGGGAUUGCUUCUCGCGUACGUUCUCACUAUGGACGGCAUCAAGGCAAGUUUAAAGUACUGGGACGCGUCGUCGGACCGCUUAGCUCAAAAGGCCAUCAACCAGCUCGGAGUGUUAUACCUACGAGCGCUCACAUGCGUUGUCUACCCCCAAGCAUUUGUCAACAUUGUGCUCGUGGCGGCUACGAUCACUGCGCAACCGUCCCCACGGUUAGGCAAGGCGGGAUGGCGGGUGCUGUGGCUGUCGUUCGUGACCACGCUGCUGGUUGUGGGGCAAGGGGUCGCGUUGGGGGUGUACUUGUUGCCUCGAUUUCAAGGGUCGACUUAUUACUUUCGUCGCCCCAAAGCCCUACUCAAGUGCCCAUCCCCUGCAUCGACGUUUUUGCAAUACAUCAACGCGACGUCGCACACUCUACACUGUGCUCCGUAUAAUGGGUCCAUGGAAGGCAAACUUGCGUUUUACGUGGGCGACGUAGGCCGCCGUUCGAUUGAGAUUGAUCCGACUGUGAACCGAUUCCGCACCCUCGAGUCGUCUUCGCUGCCCGAACUCGUCCAAGUCCUGCUCACGUCCACUUCGUUUACAAAUGCCAUCAAUGUCAACCUCGUCCAUCUCGUGCUCGGCGCGUUUAGCUUAGGCGUGGCCACUGGCACGUACACUCGAGCUACGUCGACCAAACUACUGGAUCUCCUUCGCGAACUCGUGCGCACGUUUGAAAUCAUGACAGGAUGGGUGGUCGCUGGCCUACCGGUGGCCUUGAUGUCGUUGAUCGCUGGACCGAUUUACAUGACUACGCACAAUGUGUUUGUCGCGUCUGCUGCCAACGAUCUCGUCCGACUCACGUGGUACGUGAUGUGCUUUGGGGUCGUGGCGGCGGUGCACAUGGUGGCGGUGCUGCCAUUGUUCCUUGUCCUAACUACGCGAGGCCAAGUGCAUCCGUGGAAGUUCCUCGGGGCUGUGAAAGAAGCGCUAUGGUACAACAUUGGCACGUCUUCAAGUCGAGCUGGGCAAACAGUGCUGGCUCGCAAUAUCGACCGCGCGCCAGGCUCGGCGCCUUGUACCACUUCCCGCUUUGCAUUGGACGUGGGGGUCACGUGCAACAAGAGCGGCGGCGGACUCUACAUCGCCCUCUCGAUGCUCUGGAUGUUCUCCAACGCUGGCCUGCAAGUGUACCUGACGCCGUCCAAGAUCGUGCUUGUGGUGGUGUUGGCCACGUUGGGGGCAUACGCUGUCGUGCCGGUGCGCAAUGGAGGCGUGGCCAUCGUCAUGUGUGCGUUCGCCAUGCUCACUGGACUCCCGCCACCCAACGCCAUGAACUUCCUUCUCAUCGCGGAAUGCGUCUUGGAUCCGCUAUGUACCGCCCUGAAUGCAUGGAGCAACGCGGUUGUCACGCGCAUUGUGUGCUUUCUCAAAACAAGCUAG